AUGGCGGUCCAGGGGAAGGGAGCAGUUCGUACCUGGUUAGAUUGGUUGAGCCCUGAGCAAGGGGCACGUGACGCAAUCCAUCCCUCCGUUCUUUUCCGGGUGUCUAGAAGCCGGAAGUACCCCAUACUGAGCUCCCCCAGUAUAAGCCCCUACAGUGAAGGAGCUCCACUCCCUCUCGAUGCUGACACCAUAGGGAGGUCUAUGGAUGAUCUCGACGAAGUACAGGGCAGGAUGAACGAGGCCUGGGAAUCCUCAAGUCCGCAAGUGCGCCAAGGUUUUCGAAGGUACUUCACGCCGCCGCAUGAUGACGGUGAAACGCUCACUGAAGAUCCGUUGGCGACUAUUAAUGACCACGUGGAGCGGAUGCAGAAAUGUGAAUUCCCAUUUGAUUCUUCUGCCAAGGUGCAGAUUGAUUUCUUGCAGCACGUGCAGCUGCUGCUUAGCAUUUGCCGCAUGGUGAGGCUUCGCCUAGAGGAAUUGAAGGGUUCUGUCUCUUUGGAAAAUGAUGUUGAAUUGCCUGAUUGUAACUCUGACCUUGAAGACAAUUUCAGCAUGUCUUCGUCAUUGGACGGCGCCUUGAAUCGCUUGAGGACGGUUGGGAGUGAACGAAGACAGUCAGUAGACGGAGUAACCGAAACAAAUAACCUCAGAGUUCCACGCAGCUUUCCUCUUCACGAAGAACAUAGUAGUAAUUCUAGCCAUGAAGAUAUAUUGGGCAUUUAUGAGUCAAUAGAGGCGGGUGAGUUCUUGGAUGGCGUUGGGAUGUUUGGCAGUGAACGAAGACAGUCAGUUGAUAUAAAAUCAGCCGAACAACUCUUAGACCUGUUGUUAGAAGAGGACAAACAUAAUGUCUGCAACUUGGAGGCCCGAUACUACUUUGAGCGCUUUCUUCAUCCCUCUGGAGAAGGUGACGCCUUCACAGCCACUCCCUCCGCUGCCAAACACCAAAUUCCAUACAAUGGAAAACCAUUUAGAACUGGAGCUCUCGCACAAGCAGCUGCCCAAAUAUUUCGUGAAUAUGAAGGCAAUA